AUGAAACUUUAUCCAAGCAUACUUACCUUGUUGCUCAGCAGGCAAGUUGCAGGUUUCAACUUGGCUCUAGCAGCCGCUGUUCCACGUCGUGAUGUUGCGACACACACGAUUACCAAGACGAUAGUUUACACCGAAGUGCGAAAGCUAUCCCCAAACAUUACAUACCAUCCAGGCAGGAAUGCUGAAGUCGCAAGAACCGAACAGCUCCGCAAGCGCGGCAAAACUGUCAACUUCAACUCCAACUCCACUCACGACAGCAGCACCGACCUCUACAACCUAAGAGUCGAUCUUGCCUCCGAAGGCUACAUAUCGAUCUAUGUGCCUAGUAUCGCAGUGUCCGAGUUCUGCGAUAGCGUACUAAAGCAGGGCGGUGAUGAUACGGACAUACAAGAGCUUCUUCUUGCUGUGUAUAAUGCUACGAAUGCAGUCAAGAUACCAGUUCACAGAAGAGAUGCUACCAGCUUUUGUAGGCAAGCGCAGAAUAAGGACGGGCCGAAGAGCAGUAAUACAUCUGGUAGCUUGACGGCUUCCGCUAUAGCAUCUAGAGAGGCAUCGGCGAUGAGUUCCUCCAGGGGAGAUACCUUGGAAAGCACAACAUCGUCUCAUAAGCUCAAAGCUUUCAAGACUUCAGCUUCGGCGACUGACUCGGACUCUUCCGAUAUAUCCACGCCGACGCUGUCAAAUGCCAUGGCGGAUAACUCAGUAUCAAUUACGGAUUCCGACGAUCCCGACACUUCGACAUCUGCGAAGAAAGUGAUCCAUCCUAUUACAUCUUCAGAUGCAACAUCAACGACUUCAGAAUCUGCAACGGAGACUUCUAGUGACGCCAUACCGAGCUCCUCAUCAAAUGAUGACAUAGAAGAUGCUUCAGCGACCCUAGAUUCCUCGUCUUUGCCGUCACAAACUCUAUCCGCGGAUGAUGCCUCCACCGACGAAGAAAGCAGCUCUGAAGACCUAACCGCGACUGUGUCUCCAGCAUUGGAAGCUGAUGAAAGCGACGUUCCUGUUGAGUCAACUUCGUCCAGGAGGAAGAAGAAAGUUUCUACAUCAGCUGAUUCCGAUGUCUCUACGACUCAGGCAGCUGGCGACGCUUCUUCAGAAGAUGCCACCUCUGCAGACGCAACCGCGACCGUGACUCAAGCCCCGGAAGCAGAUGAAAGUGACGUUUCUGCUGAAUCAACAUCAUCCAAGAAAAAGAAGACACUUCCUACGUCAAUUGAUUCAGACACUGCCACACCUCAAGAAACUGAUGACGCUCCAUCAGAAGAAGCUGCGGUAGAAACCCCAAGCACGGACUCCAGCUCAGACGAUAACAGCACCGACGACUCCAACGACUCUACCAUAGCAGCCACUGCCAACAUCCUAGACGCAGCUGACCUAAUCCCUCACCUAACCGUAUCAAGCAUAAACUCUUGGUACAAUGUAAUCAACAACUACAUGUCCUCCGCCGCUGCAACUGCAACGGUAGAUCUAGACGUCGAAGCUCCAUUCGCCACAGCAGAUAGCAUCGAUUCUGAAAACGGGGCUGCCAGAAGAGGGAUCCGGAGGACUGUGUUUGGGAACCCAGCCUUGACCGUCUCUUGGUAUGACUAUAUCGGCAGCUACAUGCGCACUGCAGGUACACCCACACAGACGAUGCACAUGGCAACUAGUAGACCGAUUGCACGAUUUAAGCCUUCUUCUAAUGCUGGGGUGAAGAGAGUCAUGCCGCUGUCGCUUCUGUGGCGGAGAGAUAAGAGACAGGAUGAUGAUGAUGGUGAUGAUACCGCAGGAGAUGAAGACGACGCGGAAACCACAACAUCAACAUCAACGCAGCAUAAACCCAAGUCCACAAAAAUGCACCCCUCAGACCCGCUCAUCACCACACUAGGAAAAGGCAAAGGAAAAGGGCAUACCGGGGAUACGAAUCCCAACAACAAGGACCACCCCAAAUCCGACAAAGCGGAUGGCGAGAAGACCAGAACCAAACUCGACAAACCCACAUCUGCAAAAGGCCAUCCGAAAGAAACACAAACGCAACCAUGUCCCAAGAACGCAGGCCAACAAAAUGGCAAUAAAGCCGCUCCAACACUCCCCUCCGACAUCUCCUUCGCCCUAGCCACACCAACAAAAAACUCAAAAGCACAUUCCACCACAGCGGCUAUCUCGACCCCACCGCCGGGGAGGUCGGAUACACCUUCUGGGGUUAUAAUUUGGGAUCCGGAAAUCCUCCAGACCCUCCUCCUCCUCCUCCAACGAAGACGAUAG